UCCUUCUUCUACCUCUUUCAUGGACAACAGCAGUUUGAGCUCACGAAGAUAACGGCGGUUCUGUUGUCUUCUACUCCUGGAUCGACGAUUUUCGGUUCUCGUGGAGGUAAUCCCACCAAGGAUGUACGUGGCGAAACCUUUGGCACCAACAGAGUGCUCGCCCGAUAG